AUGGACGAUGUGGCGGCGGCCGAACCCGAACCCAAGAAGCUGAGGCAGGACGAGCAAGAGCCUCCGGCGAGCAGGGAGGGUGGCGGAGGCGGCGAGGAGAACCUCGACCACGUAAGCCGCAUGCCCGACAACAUCCUCGGCAGCGUCAUCUCCCUCCUCUCCACCAAGGAGGCCGCGCGGACACGCGUUCUCUCCUCCCGGUGGCGCCACCUCUGGCGCUCCGCCCCGCUCAACCUCGUCGUCGACCGCCGCCUCUCGGGACGGGAGCGCGACCGUGUCGCCAUAGUCUCCAAGAUCCUUGCCACGCACCACGGUCCUGCUUGCCGCUUCUCCCUCGCCAUCGGCGCCAUCCGCCUGCGCCGCGACCUCUACGCCAAGUUUGACGGCUGGUUCCGGUCCCCCGCGCUCGAUGGCCUCGAGGAGCUCCAAUUCUACGGGGGCUGCAAUCCGCUGCCGCCGUCCGCGCUCCGCUUGGCGCCCACGCUACGUGUCGCCAGCUUCCGCGACUGUGGUUUUCCCGACGUUGCUGCUGUCCCCGCGCUCCGUCUCCCUCGGCUGAAGCACCUCAAGCUCCCCGGCGUCGCUAUUUCAGAGGAAGCCCUCCACCACCUGCUCGCUGGCUGCACUGCGCUCGAGAGCCUUGAGCUUCAGGGCAACGGGCUCAGCACUGUCCGGAUCGUCUCGCCGACUCUUAGGAGUAUUGCUGUCUAUGUAUCUUACUACUACAAAUCAGACAUGGUGCUUCAGGAGCUUGUCAUCGAGGAUGCACCAUGCCUUGAAAGAUUGAUCCCACUUGAUUCAGGGGAUGUCCCAAUGACAAUCACGGUUAUCGCGGCACCCAAGCUAACGGUAUUGGGCUACCUGUCUAGCCAAAUCUACGAACUUGUGAUUGGAACCAUAAUUGUUAAGGAAAUGAUCCCCGUCAGCUUGACCGCGUCAAUGCGCACAGUGAAGGUGUUGGUCCUAGAAUCCAUCGGCCCCAACCUGGAUACAAUUGCUCGAUUUCUUAGAUGCUUUCCUUGCAUGGAAAAGCUAUACAUCCAGUCACGUUUUAGGAAGGAUAUGAAAAAUGUGGGGCCAUAUGACAUACUCAUCGAUCCUAUUGAAUGCCUCAAUCUCCAUCUUAGAGCAAUCAUAGUGAACACCUAUCGAGGCAUGCAACCAGAUGUUAACUUUGCCAAGUUCUUGUUCUGAACGCAAAGGUGCUAAAGGUGAUGAAAUUUGGUGUUUGUGGUACCUAUAAUGAGAAAUGGAUGGCUAAUCAGCAGAGACGGCUACAACUAGACAAGAGGGCUUCUAGAGAUGCUCGAUUUGAUUUUGAAAGAGAUGUUGGUGGGUGUUGGUUUUCCAAUAAGAAGCACACACAUGAUUUGUGGAUAGCUGAUCCAUUUGAUAGCUCGUUAUGCAAUUGUUGUUAAUGUCCUUUGAAAAUAAUAUCAAG